UUAGGGAUCCCGUGCAGUGUACACUGCACCCCGGAGCUCAGCGACUGCGCUUUCCCUUAGGGGUGUGGGGGAGCAUCCGUGGGUCCGCGUGUGUGGGGCUGGUUGACGGCAGGAAGAGCCAAUCAGGGCUAGCAGCCCGGGCUGCCAUGUGACAGGCGAGGCGGCCCCUUUCCCCAGCGCGGCCAGAGAGAGAGACAGAGGGGAGCCAGGGCUCAGAAGCUGCCCGAGCCAUCGCCAGCAGCAGCAGCAGCAGCAGCAGCAGCAGCAGCAGCAGCAGCAGCAGCAGCAGCAGCAGCAGCUGCUCUGGCAGAGGCAGCUGAAGAGCAGACGCGGUCCGGCUGCGGAGGCUCCAGGGGACAGACGGACCUGCAUCCCCGCCCUCCUCUAUCUCCAGGACAUUGCGAGGAGCCCGGCCGCUGCAGCAAGAUCUGCAGGACAAGGCUGGACAAAGCAAGAUGGCAGGGAUCUUAGCCUGGUUCUGGAACGAGAGGUUCUGGCUCCCUCACAAUGUCACCUGGGCAGAUCUGAAGAACACAGAAGAAGCCACCUUCCCCCAGGCUGAAGAUCUCUAUCUCGCCUUCCCCUUGGCCUUCUUCAUCUUCAUGGUCAGGCUAGUCUUUGAAAGAUUCAUAGCCAAACCAUGUGCCUUAGGGCUUAACAUCCAGGCCAAUGGACCACAGAAAGCCCAGCCUAAUGCAAUCCUGGAAAAGGUUUUCACUGCAAUUACAAAGCAUCCAGAUGAGAAGAGACUGGAAGGUCUUUCCAAGCAGUUAGAUUGGGAUGUUCGUAGUAUCCAGCGCUGGUUCCGACAGAGACGCAACCAGGAGAAGCCCAGCACUCUUACUAGGUUCUGUGAGAGCAUGUGGCGGUUUACAUUUUACCUUUAUGUGUUUACCUAUGGAGUCCGCUUCCUAAAGAAGACGCCCUGGCUGUGGAACACAAAGCAGUGCUGGUACAAUUAUCCAUAUCAGCCACUGACACCUGACCUUCAUUACUACUAUAUCCUGGAAUUGUCCUUCUAUUGGUCCUUAAUGUUUUCUCAGUUCACUGACAUCAAAAGAAAGGACUUUGUUAUUAUGUUCCUGCAUCACCUUGCAACUAUCUCCCUGAUCACCUUUUCAUAUGUCAACAAUAUGGCCCGAGUGGGGACCCUGGUCAUGUGUCUCCAUGAUGCAGCUGAUGCCCUGCUGGAGGCUGCCAAAAUGGCGAAUUAUGCCAAGUUUCAAAAAUUGUGUGACCUCAUGUUUGUCAUGUUUGCGAUAGUCUUCAUCACCACAAGACUUGGUAUAUUUCCUCUCUGGGUAUUAAACACAACAUUGUUUGAAAGCUGGGAAAUUGUUGGACCCUACCCAUCCUGGUGGGUUUUCAACUUGUUGCUGUUGCUAAUUCAAGUCCUGAACUGCUUCUGGUCUAACUUGAUUAUAAAGAUAGCUUGCAAAGCUAUUUCCAAGGGCAAGGUGUCCAAGGAUGACCGAAGUGAUAUUGAAUCCAGCUCAGAUGAGGAAGAUUCAGUGCUUCCUGCAAAGAACCCACACAACCCCACCACCAAUACCAAUGGGACCAGCGGAACCAGUGGCACAAAUGGCUACCUUACAGGUGGCCCAUGUGCAGAAGAACACUAACUACUCUAAACCAUAAGACCUGAACAAAGUGAACUCUUUGCUACUGGAAGUAUUUAACUAAGUUGCGAAUGCGGUCCCUUUCCUAUAUCUCAGCAUCAGAAACAAAAAUUAGGAUUAUCAAAGCAUUCUGAUAGUGCACUGCCAUAUUUCCUGUCUGUGAAUGAAGAAGACUUUCCAUUCUCUAUAUGUAGGCAUGCUGUAUGUAUAUGUUAUUGACCCAAAUGGGAACAGUAUUUUCAUAUGUAAUGUCUUUGAAUAUUAUUUAUUUUUUGUAUUUGUUUGUAAAUCUGUGGACAAAAGGGAACUGCCUCACUCCUUUUACUUGGCAAAUUCUUUAUGGAAGAAAGAGAUGCUCCGAUCUCUUCUAUCCUUUCUUGUUGCUGUAACUUAGUCCGCUAUAAGUAUUUGUCAGCUUGAAUUGUCACUUAUAGUAAACUAAAGGCAGCUUUGCAGAUUACAGCUCAGCUCCAGAUGUGUUUGCCUCCUUUGUGUUAUAGUGCUGAUUUUGACAUUGCUGAUCAAUUCACAGUGGCUAUCCUCCCAAUGUAAAGUUUAAACAGGCUGAAUUAGUUUUGUAAGUAGUCUCUCUAAUGUGAUCAAUUAGCAGUUCAAAUUAAACAGUGGUUAUUAUAGGCUAUUAUUUUAGCAUUGUUUUUAAACCAAAUUGGUAGUUAAUUGCAUUAGAAUAGGCUCCAUUACUUGUGUGCACACCCAUGAUAUAUUUAUGUCAAUGGCUAUGGUAAAUUCCUAGUAGCAGAUUAGUUCUGCCUUGUAAGCUUAACCCCGGCAGGAUAUAGCAUCUUGCAUUGCUUCUGGUUCAGCUGAGAAACAUCAGGUCCAUAGUUGCAAGUGGAGAAUUCACAUUUAAUAUUGAGAAUUUGUCUCUGUAAGCUGGGAAGAAUGAAAGCAGAGCCCACCAGCUCAGAGAUGAGUCAUUAUUGCAUGCAUGUGCAGAAAGGUUUCAACCAGGCUUCACUGCUCUCCCUAUAAUUGCUGUAAUAGUCUGCUUUGUCAUGGAAGAAAGCAAGCUGAAAGUCUUGCUCAAACAGAAAAGUCGAUUUUUAGAGCCUUAGAAGAGUUCUCCCAAAUGUCGAGCACUUUAUUGCAUCCAGCUUUUUAAACUCCUAUAGUAUUUGACCUGGCAUGUGUGUGUUUGUGUGUGAAUGUGUGCGUAUGUAAAAAUUAUUCUGACAAAAUCAGAAGGAAAAGAAUAUUUGACCUUCUUCCUCAUCCAAAAACCAAAAUGAUUUGCCUGUUCUACAAACUAAGCUACUGUCAGCUUGACACUCUAAAUCCCUCUAUAUAGACUUGUUUAGUUCCUAGGAAAGUUUUCACAAGGCAGUAUUCCUACUGGAAACAUUACCUUCCUCUUGGAAAAUUGCUGGAUCAGCAGUGAGAGAUUUCUGAGCAAUAGACUUGCUUAAACCUCCUUUCUGGCAGUGUUAUAUGUGUGCGAAAAGAAAGAGGGAGGGAAGGAAGGAAGGAAGGAAGGAAGGAAGGAAGGAAGGAAGGAAGGAAGGAAGGAAGGAAGGAAGGAAGGAAGGAAGGAAGGAAGGAAGGAAGGAAGGAAGGAAGGAAGGAAGGAAAGUACACAUGAACCAAAGAACUUUUUUUUUUAAUCUAAGAGGGAAGGGGGAAGGAGCAAUAGCUUUUCCUCCUCAUCACAAGAAUAAAGAAUUGUCUUAGCCAGAAGAUCACACAUUAAAGUAUUGAAUCUUCCCAUUUCUUCAGAAAACAGUUUCUGGUUUAGCCCAUAUCAGUGAUUGAGGAGAUUUGGAAAGAUAUGAAUCAUUGGGAAAGUAAUAUUCCUACUUCUUAUUGAACCCCAUUACUUCAGUUCAGAAAAUGAGACUAUGUGUGUAUGUGUAUAUUUGUGCAUUUAUGUUAGCAAUCAAAAAGGAUUAAGAGCACUUCUUUGUCAUCUGAAAAUAUGCUAAAAAUGUGAGCUAUUUUAAAAUAAUGUCAAGCAUGUUAGAAAAUUAAGAAGAGAAAGUUCCUCAUAUCUUUUAAAAUAAAGACAGAAAAAGUGAAAUGUGAUACCAUGCUUUAGUUUCUACCAUCAGUUUUCAGCCCAGUUGAUUUCCAGCAGAAAUAGUGGCAUAUAAGCAACAGAUCCUAAGUGUACGUGGAAAUUAGUUCCAACGAGGCCACGUGCUCUUCUAUUUGUUUGGAAAAGUAAUUUCAGAGUGAUGAGUUUUGGAAUACUAGGUGUAGGAAUCAUUGCUUAAAGAUUAGGUAGAUGAUUUCUGAGUGUUGUUCAGGUUAGGUUGUGGUUUAUAUUUUUACCCAGAAGGUCAAUUAGCAGGAGGUUUGGGAGGACCCCAAAGAUAGCACCAUACCUGUUGAUUUUAAUCUAACCAAGUCCUUCCAAGAAUCUGUAAAUCCAUUUUUCAUUCAGUGCUCUUGGGCAGGGAGUCCUUUUAAUUGAACAGCUUUGACUUUGUUGGCUCUCUUGAUAAACUAUUAUAUGUAUAUCCAUAUAUGUGUAUAUAAUGUGCUUAUUACAUAUGCAUAGGUGCAUUAUAUGCAUGUGUUUAUGCAUAUAUAUGUAUAUAUACACACAUUCUAUUCUUAACCCCUCCUCAAGGCUAGAAGAGGGUAACAUGUAACAUCUACCAAUGCCACAACCUUGGAAGUGUAGACUGUAAAUUUAAACAGGUUGAUAGUUUAGCAUAACAUAGCCCUGAGUAGACCUCAUUCAUCUUCUCGUUUGCAUUCAUGCCAUCCAUGUGUGUGAGAAGGGGAAAUAUAAAAAACUUCUAUAAAAAAAGUUUUUAUUCCAAAAUGUUACAGGUUUUCUUGAUGUUUUAGGGGGGAAAAGGAUUAGAUGGUUAGAAUUUGGCCUUGAGUCAAACUGAACAAUUGAUAUAUUUUGAAAAGUGUGACCUGUGAAUUUUUGUGUGUGCAUUUAAUCCAAAAAGUAGGUAAAGUUAAACCACGCUUAGCCUUGGCCAGGUCCUUUUGUAAAGCUUCCACCAUACAUAUCUUUCACCUUUUCCUUCCUUGUUGACCUUCCUAUCAUCCUGCUGACACAACCAAAAGUUACAGAAUACUAUAACUUGGAAUGCCAGGAGAGCAGUUUUUCUGACUACAGUGUAUAAUGAGCUGGUUAGAAUUUAUGUUUUCUAGCUGCAUAAGUAGAAUUAGAACUUUGUGUAUUGAUGGAAGUGAGGGGCAUGGGAAAGACAGUUAUUAGUGUUGGGGAUUUCUUUUUAGCUCAAUUUUUUUCAGAUAUACAUACUGUAGACAUCUCUCCCCAUGACUUCAUUAAUAUCCAACCCCAACUGUGCUGCUAGACAGACUGUACUCUGGGUUCCAUUCAGAUAAGAAAGCAGCCUUUUAAUGAGGAUAAAUCUAUGUGGAAAAGAUGGGCAAUCCCCCCAAAAUGCAGCCAGUAGAGAAAAGAAAAAUGUCAGAUCUCCAUCAUCCAAAAAUGAGAGGAAUGUAAAAAAUAUUCAGUUCUCUUGCCAAGAUUAUAACCCUAAGUAUUUGAUAGGGUUUACUAUUUAGCACAUUGUAUUCUCUAAUUUGUAAUAGAAAGGGUGUGAGCCUUUCACAGCAAUGUCAGUGUUAUUUGGUCUAAAGCAAAAAAAAAAAAAGUCAUUUAUUGUUUUAGCUGACCCAAGCCUAACCUCAUUCACUCGUGCCAUUAUCUUUCACAGAGAAUAGUGUUCACUCAGAAAUUUUUAUCACCAUCUAGAAAAUAUCUAAUUAUCCUGUCUUCAUGCCCAUUCUUAUAAGAUUGUAAUUAUUUAAAAAAUUACAUCAAUACAGAAUAAUUCUAAAGACAAAACUUUUUUUAAUUAUGUGCCCUAGGGUUAUGAUUACAUUCGAAUGAGAUAAUGUAUGCAAAACAUUUUGUAAACCUUAAAAUGACAUAUAAACAGAAAUGAUUUGUUAUUAUUAUAAUUAUCAAAGUGGCUUCAAGAUAUCCUUUAGAAACAAGAAGACAUGCAUUCAGAAUCCAUAGUAAGGCUUAAGGUCCUGAGAAUUUACCUGGAUCCCUUUUUCUCAAGUCUUGUGCUGACAGUGACCUCCGGGCUUCUGUUUUGUUUGCUUAUCAUAGAUCAGUGAAGUAAUUGCUGAGGCACAGAUAUGUCAGACAAGACAUAUGUAAAAAUCAAAUCACAUCCUUGUCAACUUGCUCAGAAAGGGACCAAAGUAAGUCACUUUUAGUUCUAUCAAACCUGCACAGAAAAAUAAAUCCAUUUGGCUCAUUGGUCUUGCCCCACAACAUGCUAGAAGAACUGACCAGGUUUUCAUAAACAAACUUUGUUAGUCAUCAAAGAAGUAGUAAAAUAAUGACCGGAAAGAGCUCAUGAGCUCUAGAAUUAGCUUAAGUCUGCCAGUAAAAUGAAAUUGUGCCAUUUCCAGAAUGUCAAAAAGAUUCUACUGUUUCAUUGUUGCCAAUUCUUAAUAACAAAAUGUCAAAGAAAAACACUUAAAGCCAAAUUCUUUCUUCAAUUAUAAUGGCUGGCAGCACCUAGUGCAAUGCCCACCUUGUAGUGGUCAGAAAAUGUUUGCCUGUGAUAUAAUAUAGUGCUUACCCAUGGGGGAAAUUGAGUCUUUCCUGUUGAAAGCUUAUGAUGGUGAGAAGCAGGUAUUAUUAUUCCCAUUUUAAAGAGGAGGAAACUGAGGCUCAAAGUGACUUAUACAAGGUCAUACACAACCAGUAAAUAAAAGUCAAAGGGGACAGCUAGGUGGUGCUACAGUGGGUAGAGCACCUGGCCUGGAGUCAAGAGGACCUGAGUUCAAAUAUGACCUCAGACACUUACUAGCUGUGUGACCUUGGGCAAGUCACAACAUUGAUU